GGAUUAAAGUAAUAUCCUGUGUACUCUUCAGGUUAUGGAAUCUCAAAUGUCAUUGAAAAAGCAGAGACUUCUCUUGGGAUCCCAAGCUCUACUGAAUUACAAUCUGAAGCCAAAGAUGCUGUGGAAGAAAGCCAGCAUUCUGAAGAAAGCAGUAAUAAAGGAGAGACUGACGGUCUGAUGCCUGUUAGUGGUGCACUUGGAAUGCUUUCUACCAUCUCUGCUGCAGUUCAGAGCACAGGGAAGACAGUUAUUACUGGAGGUCUGGAUGCAUUAGAAUUCAUUGGGAAGAAGACUAUGGAUGUGAUUGCUGAAGGUGACCCUGGAUUUAAGAAAACAAAAGGCCUGAUGAACAGAAAUUCUACACUUUCUCAGAUAUUGCGAGAGGCAAAAGAGAAAGAAGAACAAUGGACAUCCACUGAGGUUUCCAUGGCUACAGAGAAGAAAGCCCAUUAUGGGCUAUUCUUUGAUGAGUUUCAGGGUCUUUCUCAUUUGGAAGCCUUAGAGAUGCUUUCCAGAGAGAGUGAAUCAAAGGUAAAGUCAGUUAUAAGCUCGCUGUCUGGAGAGGAGUUAAACACUUUAAAGGCAGAGUUGGAACAGCUCAAAGAAGCAUUUUCCUUAGCAGAAUUUUGUGAUGAUGAAGAGGAAGAAAAGAGAGAUGUGGAAGACUUCACAAAAGAAAUAACAGAUCUCUUUUCCCAACUACAUGUCUCCACAAAGCCAACCAAACUGACCCAAGCAAGGAACUCUGCAUGUGAAUUGAUUAAAAGCCUUGGAGUGCAAACUGCAAAAGAAGAAAAACAGGAUGAAGGAGACCAGCACGUGGACUCCGGGGAUGCUAACCAAGGGGAUAAAAAAUCAGUUGAGAAUAUUCACACAUUUGCAAUAAGAAGCCUGGCAGAAUUGACAGCCUAUUCUAUUGAAGUGUUCCACAAAACGGCUGCAUUGUUUCUUCAUGGUCAGAAAGAAGAAGUGCUAGCUGUAGUCCGAGCCAAAGCCCUUUCACAAAUGACCAUUGUUCUGUGUAAAGAACUGUCAUCUCUUUCCAAGGACUUUGCUACAUGUUUAACAGCUGCAGGGAUGGAAGAGAAGACAGAUAUCCUUAACCCUUUAAUCACUGGAGUGUUUUUGGAGGCUUCAAACAGCGCCUCUUAUAUACAAGAUGCCUUCCAGCUCCUCCUGCCAGUUUUACAGAUCUCCCACAUACAGACUCGGACAGAGUUAUCACAGCAAUAAAUCAAAUCUGACUGUACUAGAGCAGCAUUCCCAGUCUUCUUGAAUGAUUAUUCUCUGGUUCCACAAAACAUAAGGAGCAUGUAAUAAAGAAAAACGCUUUGAUUUCUAAUUCCCACUGACUAGAAAUAAGGUGCUGAAUAUCUAUAACAGAGCUUCUGCUUAACAGUAUAAAAUACAGACAAUAUAACAAGUAGAAAGUGUGGGUGGGUCAUGUUCUUUCUACUACUGUCCUGCUACUUUGUUGGAAAAGUAUGGUAUUAAGAUCUUUGAUGGGAAUUUUUUUUUAAUAAAGAGAAAGAAUUAGUAUUGCUACACUCAUAGAAUCAGAGUCAAUUAUACAGGAGAAUUAUUGGAGUUAGUAAUUGUGCAGGCAGAUAUACCAUAUACUCUUUGAAAGGUUACAUUAAGUUAAUUACCAACUAAUCUAGGAUAAAAAUAAUUACAGCAAAGGGUAAGCAUAGAGCAGUGGUCUUACUGUGUCCAUUCUUAACUGACCUGGAGAGCCAAGAGAAGGAAGAAGAUUGCUAAGGUUGCAGUGCUGUGUAUGGUUACCUGGGGGUAAGCCCCAUUAGUUACAAUGUGACCUCCUUCCAAGUAAAUAUGCAUAUAGUUAUGCUGCAGUUUGUUUUGUUUUUUGAAGACUAAGUUAAAGGCCUUGCUGUUGUAACCUUGACUGUCCAUCAGUGAAAGCUUGGAGAUAAACUGGGAAUUCUUAAACCUCUUUGAAUGAAAGUACUGUUUCCAAGAUGAUGAAAUUCAGUGGACACUCUUUUGUGGAUAGAACAUAAGCCUGUAGCUGACAUGGCUGAUGCAUUUUCAAUGUCUUAGUUAUCAAGCAAUAAACGAAAGGUAUCCAAAA